AUGAAGCUCGCCCACCUCCACCUCCCCAACAUCACCCCGUUCUCGCGGGUCUCCCAGAUCCAGCAACAGCUCACGUCGCAACUGCUAGCACACAAAAAGACCUCUUCCUCAAUCUCUCCUACCCCCGCGCCAGACCCGACAAUCGUCACCUUCACCCCGAAUCCAGUCUACACGACCGGCCGCCGCGACCUCCCACCAUCCAACACCGCGCCUCAACCGCCCGGCACACCACUAUCCCUCCCGCCGGCACUGGAGCCGAUCCGCUCGAUCUUAAGGAGCGCCAACACCUACACCUACAAGGAGAACGAAGGAUAUGAAGAGCGUACAGCAGAGUACCACCCCACCCUCCGCGGCGGACAAACCACCUACCAUGGCCCUGGGCAAAUGGUUGCAUAUACCAUCCUGGACCUGCGCCGGCUGGGAUUAACACCUCGGUGUCAUAUCCGGGCUCUGGAGAACAGCGUGAUCGACUUACUUGCUGCGUACGGGGUGCGCGGGUUCACCACUGACGACCCGGGGGUAUGGGUUUCCCCGAGAACAAACACGAGUGAUGGCGGCUCUACAGCGUGCAAAAUCACGGCCGUGGGCGUCCAUCUGAGGAGGAAUAUCAGUAGCUUCGGGAUCGGGCUUAAUGUGACGGACGAACCAAUGUGGUAUUUCCGUCAGAUCGUGCCGUGCGGGCUUGAAGGUCGCGAGGCGACGAGUCUGGAGGCGCAGGGCGUGCGUGGGGUGAGCAUGCAGGAUGUUGCAACGGGGUUCGUGGAUGCUUUUGUGCAGCGGGUGAAUGCUUUGGCCUGUGGGGAGGGCAAGAGGGGGGAGAAGAUUGAGGGUGUGUAUCGAGUGGAAGAAAAGGAGUUGAGUCAAUUAUAA